AUGGUAUCCUUCAACGCACUGCUCUCUGUUGUUGCCCUUGGCAUGGCUGCUGCUGUUUCGGCCGCUCCGAAUGCUCGCCGUGCUAGCCCCGACAACCAGGUCUGGGUCACCAACGUCAAGGAUCACUGUCUUAUUCUCCCCAAGCACAAGGAGAGCAUUGGUGACAGCGAGCGCCCCGGCGGCACGCGCUCUUUCUGCACCAAGCCCUACGAUGGCUCCCAGGGUCAGCUUAACUCUGACUUCUGGACUGAGGUGCACUUUAAAAAGACCAGCAAAUAUGUCCAGCUUACUGGUUGCAUCAACCCUAAGGUACAAAGCACUCUCAAGCUUCACGAUGACGGUGGCCAGUACGACUCGAACGGCGGUGACGGUGGUAAGGGCAACCCUCGCAACUCUGUCUGCCUCGGCUAUGCCGCUUAUGUUGAGCUUGUUGAGCCCUCGAACAGGCACGCUUGCAUUCGUUGCUGUCACAACCCCAAAGACUGCAACGUGAACAACGAUGAGGACGGCUGUGAGGCUGUCAUUCCCGGCAAAUACUGCUAA